AUGCUUCUAAAUGCUAACAAAUAUAUCAAAUGUCUGUCCAUAUCAGUAGGCACUGGAAACAAUUAUGAUUGGUAUAAUUGUUUCACCAGCUUAAAUACCCGUGGUCCGAGGGCGAUUCUUUCCUCAGACUCUUACCCUUUGGAUAACAGUCGCUUUGUUGUCACUGCGUUCAACAAAGGGAGAGCGAAUGAGGGGUCCGACAUGGUGUGGCACGAGUGGCACAAGCAGGGAAAGGUGUUGGAAGCAAUGUGGGACGAUGGGAAAGGCAGGGAAAGCAAUAGGGAAGAUGUGGCAGCAAAGAGGUGUGGCCAGAAAGGUGUGGCACAGUAG